GCAGAGAUAAUGUGACGCUAAGAGAAGAAGAAGAAGGCAGGGCAUCAUUGGUUUGUUCCUUUGCAGUAAAGUGGGAUCAAAACAAACACUAACAGCUUGGAUUUAGCCAAACAACAACACUAACAGAACCGAGCUGCUUUCCCCGAACAUCUGACAGAUUGGUCACCAUGACAACGAAGCGUGGACUGAUAACGGACUCAUUUAAGGUGGUGAAGAAAUCGCGGCGAGGGGCAAAGCAAAGGAAGAGUCCCACCCCUCCUCCAUCACAGCCAGCAGAAGAUGUUACUCCAUCUGCCAGAGAGGAGGAUUUGCAGCAGCUCAAGCAGUUUGACCUAGACUGGAGAUUCGGCCCUUGCACAGGCAUCAGCAGACUGCAGAGGUGGGAGAGAGCCAAGCUUCAUGGUCUGAACCCUGCUGAGGAAAUUAGAGAGCUGCUGCUGCAAACUCAGGCUGAUCAGGAGUACUGCCAGAGUCUGUGGAGAGAUUAUCCCCUCUGAGGAAAACAUCAUGAAGAUGAAGAGGAGCCAGAUUUGUGUGAUAAAUUCUUGUUAUUGUUUUUCUGAUCAUGUUUUCUAUUCAUUUUAAUCCUAAUCCAUGUUUUAUUGUUAUUUUUCAGUAAAGGAUUACUGAAUCUAUUGCUUUUUCUUCAACAUGAUGGAUACUGUGGUGGAAGUUUUUAUUAAAAUAUUUUAGAUGUGUCUUUAUUUUUCAUGGUAUCUCCACAUAACUCCUUCUUCUAUGUUUUAUAAACAUAUUUAAUUUCCUUUCUGUGAGCUAAUAGAAGCAGGAUAACGUGUUUUAAACCUUCACUUGUUAAUAAAUAGUCUUUGAUCUGU